AUGGAGGGUUUUCCUUUGGAAUUACUUACGCACAUCUUUGGUUUUCUGCACCCCGUUUACGAUAGGCUGCCGAGGUUGUCUGCUGUUUGUCAUGAAUGGAAAGCUAUCAUCCAGACGACGCCUUCUCUGUGGGAGCAUAUUCACCUGAAAUCUCGUCAUCUAUCCGAAAGAGAGAAAAACAUCGUUUUCAAAUGCCUUAGAGUAUAUGAGGUGUAUAUCAAGUGCCUUAGAGUGGCUUCUUUAGACGUUGUUUUUGGGUACGACUUUUGGUUCUUCAUACGACAUGUGACAUUGAAAAUGACAAACCUGACUUGUCUUGACAUUCCAACCUUUCCAUGGAACCUAGGACAAUUUACAACUUUCCGAAGCGCCGAAAGCUUAAAAGAACUCAAUCUUUAUGGCUUCUGGGAUUUGUCAGAUAUAAAAUGGACGCAAAACUACACCCAGCCGGUGUCACUGAUCAACCAAGGUCAUCUUAAACUAGUCAGAGCACGAUGUAGAAAAUUGGAAGUUUUGAAGCUGUCUGUCAACAUGCUCCGGUUGACAGAUAUCGCUCUGAUGGAUUUUUUAAACAAUCUCAGCAAUCUCAAAGACUUGCAAAUCUCCGCAUAUAACAGCAAUGAAGCAAAUAUUCCUAUGAAUCGAUACACUAUAAAACUAGUCAAGUGUUUGUUAUCUUCAAAUUAUAUUUCGAUAAUCACUAAACUGGACCUUCGCUUUAUUUCCAUCGGUCACAAAGAGCUAAGACUCUUACUUAAACUUCUCCGAUCACUGAGAGAUUUGAAACUUUGUUUUCUUGAUACUCACCGCUGUGUUACAGGUUAUCAAUAUCUUGAAUCAAAAACCUUGCAAUAUUGCGAGUUGGAUGGUCUACCGGCCACGAAUAUAGUGCGUUUAAAGUGUUCCAUGCCGAAGUUGAGGCGUCUGAUAGUCAAUAGAUGUUCCAACUUGAAAUCCCUCCAGGUGGUGUCUUUCAUGCUAGAGCACUUGUCCCUCAACUUUCUUGCCAACCUACGGUCAUUGCACGUCACAUCUACGACGUUGAAGCGCUUUGAGGUUGCGAAUUGUGAAUCACUUACACCAAAGACGAUCGACAAACUUCUGCAGAUAAACAGAAGAAUUGAGCAUUGUACUAUCAGGGGCCGUCUGGUAGAUUUUCAUGUUUCUCAAGUGGAAAGCAGUAGAGCCUUGACUGAACUAUGUCUGUGGAUGACCGAUUUUAGCAAAGUGCAAUCCAUACAAGUACACUGUCCAACACUAAGGUCAUUUAUGUGUAACUAUCACGCCCCAGAUGGAGAGUUUUCUGGUUCUAUACACCAAGAGUGCUGCGUGGAUAUUCGAUGUAACGUUCUCCUUGAUGCGUACAUCUCCUUACCGCAAGUCAAAUCAAUCGAGAUAAAAUGCGCGUCUAUUGUGCAUCUUCUGCUUAAUGCAGGCAAGAAGAAACUCGACAUGCUUUGUUAUGUGAUGCGAGUGUCGGCAGACACUAGAAUACGUACUGUACGUGCCAAACAAUGUAACUUCACAAGAGCAGAAUUUACAGCAGAGAAAAUAGAUAACUUGGAUUUUGAUCAAUGUCGAAUUAACGGAGAAAUAAAACUUGCUGGAAACUAUGUUGACAUAAUCUGUAUUAGAAAUAUGGCGAGAUCGCAAGAGAACAUAAACAUUGUUAUGCAGUGCAAUAAAAUAAAGAAGGUAAUUCUAUCGGAAUGCGACAAGCUUUGUAGCAUCACUGUACUACCUGAAAAACAAUUGGUCUGCAGCAAGACAGGUCUCAAGAAAACACAGCAGAUCACGCAGGACCCUUCGUCUACUGCGUAUGAGGAACGUACUUUUGACUGUGACACAGAAAGACAUCAGGGUUGGUUGAACAGCACAUUUUCGAGAACAGCCGUCGAUGGGCCAAUCAAAUUGGUUAACACGGUUGCUACAUUUAAUUGUCCUUGUUUCCGUGGCUUGCUAUUGAAUCAGACAAAAGAAAACAAGAUAAGAGAAGAUUCAGGAUCAGAAUUUAACGAUUCAUCCUCUGAAAAACAUCCAAGCCGAUGAUCAUCAAGCCACUUAAAAUCAAAAUAAUGAUUUUAUUUUUGCACGGCUGUGAAAACGCAGCAACAAGAAUACGAUGCAAGAGUCCGUUAAGGAGUGCUCAGCGAGUGGAAUGCACUGACGUUGGAGGCGAA